AGGUGAGCAGCGACCAAUGGGGGAGCGCGGGGCAGGUGCCCGCUAACUUGCGCCUCGCACCGCAGCGGCCGAGGCCGGCUGGGCAGCGCUGGGAGGACCGGGGGCGGGGGUCGGUCCUGGCUGGGCUCCGGAGGGAGGGGGCCGGGCUCAGCUCCCAGGCCGGAGAAGCAGCUAGCAAAAUCGCACCGAGCCCGCGCCAGUGCCCGCCCGGGGGGCUGCCCGCUCGGGAGCAGAGGCCAGAGCGCCUAGCCGCGCGCGGUGGCCCUACUCCGUGCUCUCUCGCUCGCGCGCCGCUCACAGCUCCGCGCCAGGCUCGCCCGCUAGGGCUGAGCGCGGGCGGGCGGGCGGGGGAGGUGAGGGGUGCUGGUGUGUGUGCAUGUGCCUGGCUGGGUGCACACCCCGCACGGCGGCGGCGCCAGGACGCGGAGCGCUCCCCAGAGCCCGGCUGCCUCGCUCGGCUCUGGCGGCCGCGACCAUGUUCCAGCCCACAGCCAAACGCGGCUUUACCAUCGAGUCCUUGGUGGCCAAGGACGGCGGCACCGGCGGGGGCUCUGGCGGCGGGGGCUCGGGCUCCCAUUCUCUAGCGGCGGCCGCCUCGGAGGAACCGCUCCGGCCCACGGCGCUCAAUUACCCUCACCCUGGCGCGGCCGAGGCGGCCUUCGUGAGCGGUUUCCCAGCCGCCGCCGCGGGCGCCGGCCGCUCGCUCUACGGAGGGCCCGAGCUUGUGUUCCCUGAGGCCAUGAACCACCCUGCGCUGACCGUGCACCCGGCGCACCAGCUGGGCGCCUCCCCGCUGCAGCCCCCGCACUCCUUCUUCGGCGCCCAGCACCGAGACCCUCUCCACUUCUAUCCCUGGGUCCUGCGGAACCGCUUCUUCGGCCACCGCUUCCAGGCGAGCGAUGUGCCCCAGGACGGGCUGCUUCUGCACGGCCCCUUCGCGCGCAAGCCCAAGCGGAUCCGCACGGCCUUCUCGCCCUCGCAGCUGCUGCGACUGGAGCGCGCUUUCGAGAAGAACCACUACGUGGUGGGCGCUGAGCGGAAACAGCUGGCCGGCAGCCUUAGUCUCUCCGAGACGCAGGUGAAGGUGUGGUUCCAGAACCGGAGGACAAAGUACAAGCGACAGAAGCUGGAGGAGGAAGGGCCUGAGUCGGAGCAGAAGAAGAAGGGCUCUCACCACAUCAACCGGUGGCGUAUCGCCACGAAGCAGGCCAACGGGGAGGACAUUGAUGUCACCUCCAAUGACUAGGGUGGGCAGCCACGAACCCAUGAGGGCAGAGUGCUGCUUGCUGCUGGCCAGACCCCUGGGUAGGCCCAGCUGGACUCCGGCCACUCCCUGGCCGGACUGUGGGGAGACCUCUGGUCACGGCCCCACAGCGCGUGGAGCCUGGGGCCACCACCGACAGAAGGACAAGAAAUGGGCUGGCUGAGACCUAGGACUGCUCGACCUUCUCCUCGGAGAGCUGCCUGCCUGCCCGUGCAGGCCGCCGGCCACCGCAGCCACUCUUUCUCUUAUCUCCUUUUGUUUUGAUGCAUUUGUUUUAAUUUAUUUUCCAGGCACCCACUGUAGUUCUUAGUGAUCCCCUUGUGUCUCCCUUCCCUAUGGGAAUAAUAAAAGUCUCUCUCUUAAU